GUAUUCGCAGCUCAUUUCGGAUUUGCAGAAGGCCACAACCUCAGCCCCAACGCCCACUGUUGGCUCGGCCAAGCACGCCAUGGAGCAAACGCAGUGGCAGCUGGACAGGUCCGUGGCGCACGCCGAGGCCUUGGAGGAGCAGUUGGCGGCAGCCCGCCAGACGGCGGCCGAAGCAUACAAGGCCUACGCCCACUGCGAGAGUGUCUACAAGGAGGCGGUGCGUGGACUGGCUGCCCAGGUGGUGCCUGAAACGGACCCGAAGGUGCCGUGCCUCAGCUUGGAGGACAUGCUGUCGGGCAAGGACAUUGACUUCGACGAUGGCGGCCUCUUCGGCAUCGAGCAGCUCGAGGGGGUUGAGGUGGCGCCCCAGGAUCGAGAGGAGCUGGAUCGUCGCAAGGCCGAGCUGCAGCAGCUGGUGCAGCAGACUGCGCGGGAGGCCUUCCAAGGCCUCAAGGAGCGCGCCACCGCCAUUUUCCAGGAGCAAAAGGACUUCAACAAGCGCGUGCAGGUACUUCUGGCAGUGCUGGUGCUACUGAUGGUGCCCCAGCUGCAGCGGCGCCUGGCGCAGCGGCUGCAGCCGCCGGGGCUGGUGCGGCUGCUGCGGCUUCCCCAGAUGUCGUGGACGCGGACGCGUCGCCGGAGCCAGAGGCGGCGCCCAAGGGCGCCCAACCCACGUUGUCGCCUGAGCAGCUGGAGCAUUUCUAUGCCCAAGCCAAAGCGGCAGCUAGGCCCAAAGGUAAGGGCCACGGUGGCAAGUCUGGUGCUGCUAAGCCUCAUGGGUAGCACGAUGAUCACCGUCUGGACGGCCAACACCACGAGCUGGGGGCCAUGCAUCUCGUUCGUGGAGAAGAAGGCCGAGCUGCGCCGCCAGGGCGCGCAGUUCCGCCAG